CACCUAGUGGAAGAAGUUAACUAAACGGUUUGGAAGAGUACACACGUGGGUUAAACAUAAAUUUUAAAGGAUCUAACCUUAAAGGUUAAAAAUAUCAUGGGAAGAAAAGCAAAGUUCCAAGAAAAGCCCAGAAAAGGACCAGGAAAGAAGACUAAAAAGCAAAAACCCCCAAAUCUGCUUCAUUUAGUUGGUGCUAAGGAACAAGAUGAUUCAUCUCAGUCACUUACUAGAAGAGCAAGAAAACAUCUCAAAAAACUUCAUCAAAUCGAGGCUAAAAGGGUUACAUCCAAGCAGAAAAAAGAGCAGAAUAAACGUGAAAACAUUACAUCUGAAGGUGAGACUGCAUCAGAAUCUGAUGUCGAAGAUGAUGUGGAAGAGAACUUAAAAGGUUUCACAGAUCAAAACCAAGAUUGGUUAAUUCCAAAAGGGAAAAAAAGAAAACUCGUUGAAUCUGAUCAUGAUGAAGAGGAUUUUGAAGGACAGGACUCUGAUGACGUGCUGAAGGAUGAAUUUGAUGAGGAUGAGUCAAAUUCGGAUAAUGAAAAACAGGAUGAAGAAGAAGAGUUACUUCCUGUUGAGAAAGCUUCCAAAAAACUACAGAAAAAGCAGAAAGAAAUGAGGAAAUUGGCAGAAGAAGAACUAAAAACAAACAUUGCUGAAAGUGAAACCUAUGUCCUACCUAGUGGACAGGAAAUAGAAAAGGAAACAGCUCAAUCUCCAGAUCUGGCUGUCAUCAGUCAAAGAAUUAAGGAUAUAGUUCAUGUGCUUUCAGAUUUUGCUAGUAGAAGAGAAGAUGGAAGAUCAAGAAAUGACUAUGUGGAUUUCUUAAGAAAAGACUUGUGUCUUUACUAUGGUUACAAUGACUUCAUGAUGGAGAAGUUGAUGGAACUCUUCCCUACGGCGGAGUUGAUUGAAGUGCUUGAAGCUAAUGAAGUUCAAAGGCCUGUCACCAUCCGGACCAACACGUUGAAAACCCGAAGAAGGGACUUGGCACAGGCCUUGAUCAAUCGUAGUGUAAACUUGGAUCCUGUUGGAAAGUGGUCUAAAGUAGGAUUAGUGAUUUAUGACUCUCAGGUGCCUAUAGGUGCAACCCCAGAGUAUUUAGCUGGUCAUUACAUCCUCCAGGGGGCAGCAUCACUACUUCCAGUGAUGGCCCUGGCUCCACAAGUAAAUGAGAAGGUUCUUGACAUGUGUGCAGCCCCUGGUGGUAAAACCACUCAUAUAGCUUCUCUUAUGAAGAAUACGGGAGUUCUGUUUGCUAAUGAUAUUCACCAAGAUCGAGCUAAAGCCACUGUUGGAAACAUCCACCGCUUAGGUAUCACCAACACCAUAGUUUGCUGUCAUGAUGGAAGAAAGUUUCCCAAGGUCAUUACUGGUUUUGAUAGGGUUCUUCUUGAUGCUCCUUGCAGUGGAACAGGAGUUGUUGCUAAAGAUCCCGAAGUCAAGACAAGCAAAGAUGCAAAAGAUAUUCAAAGAUGUUCUCACCUUCAAAAGGAGUUAAUUCUGGCUGCAAUAGACUGUCUUGAUGCACACUCCAAGUCUGGAGGAUAUCUUGUUUAUUCUACAUGUUCUAUACUGCCAGAAGAAAAUGAAUGGGUGAUAGAUUUUGCUUUAAAAAAACGAAAUGUGAAAGUUGUACCAACAGGACUGGAUUUUGGAAAGGAAGGCUUAGCGAAGUACAGAGAAUAUAGAUUUCAUCCAUCUUUGAAACACACUCGAAGAUUUUAUCCUCACACACAAAAUAUGGAUGGAUUCUUUGUUGCCAAGUUGAAGAAAUUUUCAAACCUUAUUCCUAAUCAAGAUAAACUUGGCAAACAGGAAAAUGAGAACACAAGCAUGUCUAAAGAAAAAGAAGCAAAAUUAUUGGACAAGCCUAAUGAGAAAGAAAAAGAUAGUGAAGAUAGUCCACAGGUUUCAACCUCAAAAUAUACUAAAAGUACAAGUAAAGUAACACCAAGUUCUAAAACAGUCCACAGGAAAAAGUUUGCAUGGAGAACCAAAAAGCCAGACCAAGAGAGGAUAAAAGGGAUCAGACCACACCUAAAGAAAAAACCAAAGCUUAGUAAAAAAUAACUUUUCAUAAGUUUGGUGUAAAAUAUGUUAACAUUUGUUUUAGCAUAAUGGAAAUAAAUAUUGUAUAAUACAUAAAAAAAAAUCUUGACAGAUCUAGUGCUUUAUUUGUGAUUGAAAACUGUCUUGCAUCAUGAUGACCAACUUGUACGUUAUUGUCCUUUUAGGUACAAGUCAAAUUACAAUCAGCUACAUGUUUACUGUGUUAAUAUUCUUUUUCUGGUGAGAGAGAAACUUUCUUCUAGCUUACUCAUGUGCAGUAGCAAUUACUGACAUUUUAUGAGGUUUGCUGAGUAUAAAAUAGAACAUUUUUUAAGAAAUCUUGCUGACAAACACACACACAGGUGAAAACAUAAUCUCCAUUACCUUCAGUGGUGGAGGUAAAUAUGGGAUAUCAUAAACUCAGUCCUUCAGUUUCCUACUCUUGUGGUUUAAAUCAUAAUGUAGGUUACUGGCUGAUACCAUAAAAAAAAAAGCACGUUUUAUUCUAAUCUCACCAUUAAGCUGAAUUUUGUGUUGGAAACUUGGAUUUUGUUUAGGUACAAGGACAUUAAGUAGUUUUGAAACUCAUUGCACAUAAAAUGUUAAUAUCUAGCAUGUAUGUACUACGAACAACUUUUGGAACAUAUAACAUUUUACAAUAGUGUGUUUUCUUGGCUUCAAACUUGUGUGUUAUAUAUGUUAUUUGAAUAAUACAAAAUACAGGAUAUUUUUUACAAAUUCGUUUUUAUUAGAUAUUCAAGGGUGUUUGAAUAACAGAAACCAGCUUUCAUGAGUCAUCUUAACAAAACUUAUACCACCAUACUUAUUACAAGACUUUGACAAGAAGCAAGAGAAUAGAUGUGUGUGUGUAUGUGUAUAUAUACACACACACACACACACACAAGCAGACAAAAUGUACAUGCAGACUUGGCAUAACUCUUAAAUGUAAUUGUUUGUGUGUGUUGUAGGUUUUGUUUACC